CAACAUUCUUACUUCUGAGGCAAGGAUCAUGCCUUUUGGUAGCUUGCGUGCAAACUUUACUUUCCGUUGCGUGCGGAGUUAAGUCUGCACGCAGGCUAGCUUUUUGGUGACGGCAUAUCAAAAUUUGCUCCAAACGUAACAUUUGUUUAACAGUAAAAGUAAAGAUAAAUCUAAACUGUUUUUCAGCUUCAAGUAGUGAAGAAUAUAUGAUAGUAAUAUCUUUAAUCAGGCACCGCGGAGCGUUGAGAAAAGUGGGCGUCCUAAAAAAAGUGGGGGGGGGGGCUAAAACCGUAUAAAAAGAGGCUUUUCUGGUAGUUUGAUACUUAAUAUUUGGCAUUUUUGCAAAAAGUGGGAAGGCUAAAGCCCCCCAGCUCCCCCUGCUCCGCGGUGCCUGUUAAUAACACAGGGGGCAAAAUGAUUCAGAAUGAAUGCAUAGUAUCGUGAACAAGAUCUAUUCUAUGUGUGCACCGGUAACAAAAUAGCGAGCUGCAAAGAUCAAUUAACAGUAAAUGCCUUUUGAAAGUUUUCUGAUAAAUGUAUUGAGUUUUACAAAAACGACCUGCGCAAAUAUCAAAAACGUGCUUAUCUCGAUGAUCAAAAAACUAAUGGUUUACAUUGUAGCAAAUGGUAUGUUAGUGUUGUUAGUGACUACAAGGCCAUAGCUGGAAACUGCUAACGAGGAAACUGGGAACUGCAAAAUCAUUGAUAAAUGUAAAAAGUUUGAGUUUCGAAAAACAAAUUUUGAUAAAGACUAAGAAAGAAAGAAGGAUUUGAGAAAGAAAGGCAAAUCGAAUCUUCAAAAUGCAAAGGUAACUUAAUCCAAAAACAACACGUUCGGGGAAUUUUGUUUACAAAAGGCGACGCUUCUAUAAGUCCUCAUAAAUUAUUCAAAAAUUCAACAAAAAUUAGGUGAUCUUGGUCUUUGAAGACACUUGUUGUAAGCGAAGCUCGAUGAAUGGUUAGAUCUCGUCAGCUUGGUGUAAGCUAUCUAAAAGAAUUAGUUCGAAAAGAAAGAAACAAUUGAUGUUGAUUAAAGUUACUAACCCGGGACUAGCAAUUCUUAAAUAACGGUGUUUCAGGAAGGUUUUCAGUUGAAAAAAGACAGUUGGAUACUUUAAAGAUUUCUAGAUGAUGUCAGUUGUUUAUGGUAACGUAGCCACAAAAAGCAGAAAGUUGACAUUAUCCAGUCAUUCAUGACAGAGCUGCGGAAUCUUGGAUUCAUUUUCAAAGUUUCAUGUUUCUGAUUUCCAUUGUGACACUUCAAGUGCAGAGGAAAUAGAUUGACGAAGAUUUCAUUAGCUUUAGGACAAAAAGCCGAAUGUCUGAUUAGAUUGAUUGCUUCUGAUAUGAAUGUUUAUAAAACAGUAGGCCAAGUCUGGAAGGUAUUGACAAAAUAAAAGGGCCGAGGUGGACUCCUUGAGGGAUUUUACACUUGGAUAAGUGCUAGUGUUCAUAGGGCAGUCAACAUUAACGUUAGUUGAAGAUUUAAUACAACCAAGCAGUUGCAAAAGAGAGGAUGUUACUACAUAUUGCGAGGUAGUGUAAAAUAAAUCACAUUCAAAUAGGCGUUCGAAUAAAUGAUAAACAGCUAGGGGACUGUUGGGUGCGGAAAAACAAAGAAACUGGGAAGAGCCAUUUCAGGCCUUGAAGUGAAGACGAACACAAAACAGAAACGGGAGAAGACUCUGAGAUUGUGUCUAAGAAGCCCAAACUACAGUCUGCUGAAAAACUUAACAAACAGGAUGGAAUUGGGAACGUUUAUCACAGGCCUCAUCCUAAGCUGUCUUGGACUAAUCUUGAACACCAUUGAGCUAGUACUGUUAUACCUCCAUAAAACGAGAAAGACGAAAUACCAACACCUGAUUCAAAGUUUAUCUGCAGCUGAUAUUUGUGCAAGCCUUUUCUUCAUGUGCUUAUAUAUAAUCAAACAGUUAAUCCGUGAAAACGAGGCUCAAUACACCGCAGUGUUUGUGACCACGCAUGAUUUGGUAUGGUUCGCUGUCUCAUCCUCUUUACUGCACGUUCUUGCCAUUUCAUUUGAUAGGCUUCUUGCAGUACGGUUUCCCCUCAAGCAUCGCUUUUGGUUCACCCACAAGAAAAACACUGUUUUGAUCGUUGUUAUUUGGGUGCUAUCUUUCCUGCUUUUGGUUCCAACGAUUGUUGUUUAUCUUCUCACAAACGACCACCAUUUGACAAAACUAUUGCUGUCGUCCUUGGUGUUGGUAUGCGGCUUCAUGAUCGUCAUCUUGUACGCAUACAUAAUCUAUAAAACUGUCUCAAAAGAUUGCAUCUUCGAAAUAAUAACACUACAAAGUGGCAAGAAAGAAGUCGUGUCUGCGUGCAGCCCGCGAGAAAAGCGCAUCCUUCAGACCUCAGUCCUGAUUGUCGUUUCAUUCUUCGCAUGCAGUUUUCCAUUUGCUGUUUUGUAUAUUGCCAAAGUGAGAAAUGAUUAUACGACACUGUUGCUUUUGUCAAACAGCAUAUUAAACCCACUGGUGUACUUUUACCAAAGAUACUAUCAAGAAAAGAAAGAAGAAACCUUGCGAAGAAAAGCAGAAAAAUCAGCAAAGAUUUCUCGCGAUAUAGAGUUGCAGGUCGUAGAUGAUUUGUCGGCUAAAAAGCAACCGACAGGAGAAGAUUCUUUAUUGGAGGCUGAGAAAAACUAGACCAACAGGGGGAUGUAGGCAGAGUUGUUACUCGUUUGCCAAAUGAGUUAUCCCCCGUCCUUGUAGUUAGAGUGUGCGCAUUGAACUUUACAAUUACUGC